AUGCUGUCAUACAGGUUGUGGUGGAGCAAAAGCUGUUUUGAACCAAGCCUUGAACCUAAUCUAGAAAAAUGGUUGGAAGGAAUACGUGAAUUGAAAGCAAUAAACUCUGAUUUCUCUCACACCAAUCCAUAUUUUGAUACUUCUGCAGCUCAAGACAAAUUGGUCAAAGCUAAUGUUGUGAAGCAAGUGGAAAAAAUUAGUGAAAAUUAUCUUGUUAAAUCUGCUAAACAAAAAAUACAAAUUCAUGGAUUUGUUUUUGAUUUAAAAGAUGGUUCAUUAUUAAAGUUCACCAAAUCAUAA